GAAAAUGAGACACUGUCUGGCUGCUUCCUGUAAAUGGGACAUGUUCACAGUCGUGGCAAUAAUGAUAUUAGCAGCACAAGCUUUUCCCCAGACAGAGAUUAAACUUAGUCAAGCUUUCACAGAUAUCACCCAGCCAUAUGCCUGCCCUCUGUUUUGGACCGAGUAUAGCGGAAACUGCUACAGGUUCUUCCCAAUAAAUAAAACGUGGGCAGAAGCAGACUUCUACUGUGCUGAGUUCUCUCUUGGCAGGACUACUGCCAAAUUAGUUUCUAUCCACAGCUGGGAAGAAAAUAUUUUUGUGUUUGAUCUCGUGAACAGUCAAGUCCCGGGAAUACCUACCGAUAUCUGGAUAGGAUUAAGUGACAGAAGGCAGGAAGGUGAGUUUGAGUGGACAGAUGGCACACUAAAUGACUACAGCUACUGGGAUGGAAACCAACCUGAUGACGCUACCAACAGUUCCCCAGAAGAUGAGGACUGUGUACAGAUAUGGUACAGAUACUAUAGUGCUUUACGUUCCUGGAAUGACAACAGCUGCAACCGUGAAUUUCCUUUUGUCUGCAAGAUCCCUUCUUUGACCCAUAUGUGAUAACACGGCUCACAGUCUGAAGAUUCUAAAGACAUUUGUACAAAUGUUUACUAUGGGAAAUUGUACAAGAUAUAACAUUCACUCUCUGAAAAGGAAGAAGGCCAUACAAAAUAUUAAUAUAUUGGCUCAAACAAAUUGAGAUCACAUAGUAGCAUUCCCACAAACAUUACAUCCAAAGCCAGUUCAAGAAAGAUAUCAAUAGAUAGAUAGAAAAUAGAGAUAAAAAGAAGUGCCUGGGGUUUUGUGAUGUGACAAGCUUAUUGUUACAAAUGGUUUGCUACAGUUUUUGGACAUGUAGAAUUAUUGGAAGAAUUAUUAGUACUCACCGUAUUUCACCUUAGAUUUAUUUGACAUUAGUUUUCCUAAAAUUUGACAUUAGACCCCCUUUCAUUUUAAAUUAGAUUCCCAGAAAUGUGAUAUUAGCUCCCCUGAUAUUUGGAAUCAGUUCCCCUGAUGUUUGUUCUUAGAGAAACUGAUAUCUGAUAUAAAAUCAGUUAAAGAAGUACCCCUUUAAGUUCUCCUAAUAUUUGGCACUAGUUACCCUGAUAUUUCACAUGAGUUCGGCUGGGUUCACACUACGUUUUUCAACUACGGUUCCCGCAUACGAUUUCAUUAGUGAAAACGCAUGGAACUGUAUUGAAAACCGUAUACAUAGGCAAAGCAUUGCAAACCGUAUGCACCCUGAUGCAUACGGUUGCGUACGGUUUGCUUGCAAUACGGUUUUUAACAGUGCUCCAAACCGUGUUCAACCACGGUUUUGACUCCAGUUUUAAAACCGUACUGCAACCGCAUACCUCUUUUUUUUUAACAUGGACGUCAAUGGGAAACACACAUGUAUACGGUUCCAUGCGGCAAAACCAUAUGCAUUUUUUCUUUGCACAUGCGCAUUUGCAUCCUAAAGUCCCCACCAAAGACCCCUCCCAUUAAAAAUGGACAGAAUUUUCAAAAACGUAUGUUUUAAAAAAAAUAAUAAAAACGGACGGAACAGUAUGCACUUUUAAAAACACUAUACUGUUUAAAAACGCAUACGGUUUACUUUUUCACAUACUGUUCCAUCCGUUUUUUUCCCAUACGGAUUUUGAUAGAAAACGUAUGCGGGAACCGUAGUUGAAAAAUGAAGUGUGAACCCAGCCUUCCUCUGAUAUCUAAUAUAGAAUCAGUUUAGUUACCAUGAUAUUUGGCAUUAGUUAACCUGAGAUAUAACAUUAGCUCACCUGAUAUUUUCAUUGGUUCCUUGGAUGUUUGACAUUAGUUUCUCUGAUAAUUUGCAUUGGUUCCUCUGAUAUCUAAUAUAGAAUCAGUUUAGUUCCCCUAAUAUUUGGCAUUAGUUACCCUGAUAUUUGACAUUGGUUCCUCUGAUGUUUGAUGACAUUAGAUCAUCUAAUAUCUGAUAUUGGAUCCCUUUUGUUUCCCUGAUAUUUGCCAUUAGUUUUUCUAAUAUCUGCCAUUAGUUAUUCUAAUGUCUGACAUUACAUCCUGUAAUAUUUCUAAUGAUAUUUAGAUCCCCUAAUAAGAAAAAUGAAGGCAGAAGGGAGUCUAUCAAAAACUAAUGUGGAUAAGUUUCCUAAAGUCUAAUUUUCUUGACCUGGAAAUUUUUUCUUAACAAUAGCUUCUUCUAAGUCCCUCAUGUAUACUGCAAGUAUCUCAUUACCGCAAAUGAGAGCGUUACUGCUUAUUUUAUAGCCCACCUAGGUAGAAGAGAAUGUGGCCUACUAAUAUGUCCUCAUUUUUAUCUGUGAUAUGAUAGUCCGAUAGUCCGAUGAUAGUCCGAUAGUGAUAAAAAGAAUGAAUAUUUUAUUUAGGUGUUCCAAUCUGACUUCAUAAACACUACCAAUUUGGUGGUAGGAAAGUUGUGAAGGUUUGAGUGACUAUAAGAAUUAGGAUGCAAGCUGGAAACAGACCUUAUCAGAUAUAAAGGAAAAUAAAUUCACAAUGGGAAUGUUUGCUGAAACCACUUGCUGUCAAUUGUUUCUUUUAGAAAAUAUAACCUACUGGAGAUUGUACCAAAAUAUCACUAACUAGAACUGAACCUUAGCCACCCGACUAAUGCAGCAUGUAUCAUAUGUAUCGUCUUAAAUUUCAUAUGUAUCAUCUUAGAUUUCAUAUGUAUCAUCUUUGAUUUCAUAUGUAUCAUCUUAGAUUUCAUAGAUUUCAUAUGUAUCAUCUUGGAUUUCAUAUGUAUCAUCUUAGAUUUCAUAUGUAUCAUCUUAGAUUUCAUAUGUAU